GGGAAAGGGCUGCGGACCCGCGGCGCCGCGUCGCGCACUCGACGACGCGGCCCCGGCCUCGACGCCCUCCACCCGCUCCCGGAGCAGUAAGAAGACAUGUUAGGUAAUAGGAAGAGCUGUAGAGUUUGCAGAUAUCAACUGUGGCCUUAAAGAGCAUGUUGGUAGCAUCAAUGCCAGGCAGAUGGCACAUGUGGCUGGUGGCUGCCAUAUUGACAGUGCUGUUCUGGAAGAUGGAGAGAACUAUGACACAAUAAGUUUAAUUAAAAGGUCCUAUUACUGCUGGAUUGUGCAAGAUAUUUAACCGUGUUUUCUUUGAGGUAUGACUUAAAUAUCAAACAUCUUAAAUAAGAAAAGGGAAACAUUUUAGUUUUGGAAGUCAGAAUGCCAAGGAGAAGGAAAAAUCUUGGGGGAAAUCCUUUUCGGAAGACCGCAAGCUCUAAGGAAGUUGUCGUAUCCAGUGUUGCUAGUCAUGAGGAGCCAACCACUACUCUUCCUUCCAUGUGUGAGACAAAAGUUGAUCAGGAAGAACUCUUCACCAGUAUCUCAGAGAUGUUUUCUGAUCUGGAUCCCGAUGUAGUGUAUUUGAUGCUUUCUGAAUGUGAUUUCAAAGUUGAAAAUGCAAUGGAUUGUCUAUUAGAAUUAUCUGCCUCUGAUGCCAAGGUAGAAGAAUCAUCUUCAAAAAGCUUCAUUGCUUCUGAGAGCCAAGUAAGUGCUGUGGGACGUGAAAUAAUGGAAAAGUAUCCUCCUGAAGAAGAGAGUGAAGAUUCAAAAAUGGAUUCAUUUUUGGACAUGCAGCUAACCGAAGACUUGGAUUCCUUAAUACAGAAUGCUUUUGAGAAAUUGAACUCUUCUGAUGACCAAGUGUACUCAUUUUUGCCUUUGCAAAGUGUUAAUAGUUUUAGUGACCCAAGUGCAUUUGUAAAUUCAGAUGCAAGUAGCAUGACUUCCAUUCUUUCUACAGAAAAUGUGGAUUUGAACAGUGAAAAUGUAGAGAAUUCUGCCUCUGCAUUAAGUUCAAACACCGUAACUUCACAUUCUGUUUCAGAUGAGUCCAAAAGUUUUAUAAAGGAUGACACAUUGGCAUUGGAAGAUUCUCUUCUCAGUGGUUCUUUAAAUGUAGCAAGUGACAGUAUGGUGGGUGGUAGCAAUCGUGGUCAAAGACCUAAAGAGCUUUUAGAAACUGAGUAUGUUGAGACUCCGUUCUCUCAAGCCCCUGUAGAUUUGGAUGACAGUGAACCUCAGGCUUUAAGCCUUACUGUGCAAAAUCUGGGGCUUGAUUUACUAGGCACAGGUGGGGAUCAGAAAUCUGCUUCUGUCCCUGAUAUGUUCCUACCUUCCGAAGAGUUCAAUUUCAAACCGCACAAACAUACUGAACUGCCGUCAAAGGGGAAAGAUGUGAAUUACUGCCCAGUACUUACCCCUCUCCCUCUACUGCUGCCUCCUCCUCCACCUCCACCAAUGUGGAAUCCAAUGAUUCCUGCUUUUGACCUCUUUCAAGGAAACCAUGGCUUUGUAGCUCCUGUCGUAACCACCGCUACACACUGGAGACCUGUCAACUACACUUUUCCCCCUCCGGUUAUUUCGCACACUUCCCUGACAAAGGUAUGGAGAAAUAAAGAGGGAGCAAGUGCUUAUCAAGUACAAGAAACCCCAGUUUCUCAGGUUGUAAGAAAGAAGACAUCAUCUUAUGUUGGACUAGUUCUUGUUCUUCUCAGAGGGCUUCCAGGAUCAGGAAAAUCUUUUUUGGCAAGGACUUUGCAAGAGGAUAAUCCUAGUGGAGUCAUUCUUAGUACUGAUGAUUAUUUUUACAUAAAUGGACAGUACCAGUUUGAUGUAAAAUACUUAGGAGAAGCACAUGAAUGGAACCAGAAUCGUGCAAAAGAAGCAUUUGAGAAGAAGGUGUCUCCUAUAAUAAUAGACAAUACAAACCUACAGGCAUGGGAAAUGAAGCCAUAUGUUUCUUUGUCUCAAAAACAUAAAUAUAAAGUUCUUUUCCGGGAACCGGACACAUGGUGGAAGUUCAAACCAAAGGAACUUGCAAGGCGUAAUAUUCAUGGGGUAAACAAAGAAAAAAUAACAAGAAUGUUGGAACACUAUCAGCGUUUUGUUUCAGUGCCAAUAAUCAUGAGUUCUUCAGUUCCAGAGAAAAUUGAACGUAUUGAGUUGUGUGCAUAUUCUUGUGAGGACAGAAGUACUAGCCCAAGAGACAAUGAAGAUAUUACCUCUGAAAAAGAAGAAAAUGUUUUAUCCUCAUCUUUGAAGCAUCUAGAGUUAACUGAAGUGAAGAAACUUGAAGGGACCAAAGAAACUAUAUUACCUGAGAAUGUUACAUAUCUGUCUAAUGCAGAUUUAAACAAAGGAAGAAGAGAAAUAAGUGGUAUGAAUCCUAACAUUCAGAGUGCUUUCAUUCAGGAAGUUUCAGACAUGUAUUUUUCUGAUUCUGAAAGCAAAGGACAAGCAACAGAAAAAAGUGAGAAAGAAGAGCAAGUAGAAAUGGCUUCUGAAAAAGAAUAUAGUAAAACUGAUGCUGAUAGUUUUGUAGAGAGAGUGUCACCAAGUAUUUGCUAUGGUGAAAAUAAUCAAGACUAUGAUCUUUCAAAUACUAUACCAUUUCAAAAUGAAAAAUCUUCACCUGGUGAAAUAUUGGAAGAAAGAGCCAUGGUAAAGAAAAAAGCCUUUGGAAAACCAAAAAGCAAAUCAACUUUGGAAAAGUUCCCAAGACAUGAGCUAUCAAAUUUUGUUGGUGAUUGGCCAGUUGAUAAGACUAUUGGUCAGAGGACAAAAAGGAACCGAAAAACUGAAAAAACUUCAUCUGUACAAAGUGACAAAAAGUAUAAUCGUCCUCAGACACGCAAAGUAUUAGAUAAUAGUCUAUCUGUGAAUAUUGAUCACAUCCAGCAGCGAGAAUCUCCACCUGAAAGUACAGAGGAGGACAAGAAAUCACAGUACGAUGAUGCUUCAGAAUCUUUCAGUCACUCUCAGUUUGAUCUGUAUAAAAAUACUGAAAAACAGUCAUUCAACAUUGUGGGUGACUGGCCUUCAUCUGAUUCUUUAGCUCAGAGAGAGCACAGAUCAAGAAUGCCAAAAGACAACUUAAAGGAACCCAACCUAGAAUUUGGAACUAAUGACAGUUUGAAUGAAAUAGACUUCUACACAGCACAUGAGGCCUGUUGGGGCACAAGCCCUGAAGAACUAAAAACACUGGGUAGUUCCAGUUCUACUCUAGGAAGUUCUGAAUCGCUAUCCAGUGAAAUGGCCUGUGAGAAUAAAACUUGUCCAAGUAAAAAGAUUCAUAGACAAAACACAUUGUCUCUUACUUUUACCAAUAGUGGGCCAACUAUUCCUGGAGUAGUAGGACCACAAACUUUAGCAGAAUUUCCAGAUGGAAAACUUAAGAAAGUCCCUGGAAUAGAAGAAGACAUGUGUACCCAGACUGAACCACAGGAUUUUGCUCUCUUAUGGAAAAUAGAAAAGAAUAAAAUUAGUGUUUCAGAUUCUGUGAGAGUAUUAACUGGACGAUUAGAUGGAUUUAAACCAAAAGCUUUCAAUAUUAACACAAAAGUAGACAUUCAGGAAACAAUUCCAUACAGGGUAAUGUAUGAUAAAAGCACGUAUGUUGAAGAAAGUGAGCUCACCAGUGCUGAUGAAUCUGAAAAUCUUAACAUUCUUUGUAAACUCUUUGGGUCCUUUUCAUUAGAAGCCCUAAAAGACUUAUAUGAGAGGUGUAACAAAGAUAUUAUUUGGGCUACAAGCCUUUUGUUGGACUCUGAAACUAAAUUAUGUGAGGAUACUGAAUUUGAGAAUAUCCAAAAAUCAUACGACGAAGCACAAAUUGGGCCGUUUUCUCUGGGAUUAAAUUUGAAGGAAAUUAUUAGCCAAAGAGGAACCUUGGAGGAUUCUAUUUCUUCUGUGCCAGAAUUUGGCCAUGGCACUGUUGUCAGUAACACUAAUGUGCAGUCUACCUGUGAUUCAGAAAAGGGAGACUCAGAGCAGGCAGAAAUAAGAGCUAUCACUACUGAAAAACCAGGAUUCAUAACAGAUUUAUUUCCUAAUGCCACUACAGAUCUAAAGAAUACUAAUGAAGUACUUCCUGGUAGUCAGGCAGAACUUCCAGGUUUAUAUAACAUUAAGCAGCCUUUUCCAGGGACUCUAAAAGCUACUACUGCUAAAGAUGUGAGGGACAUGGAGAAGAACCUAGAAGUCACAGAGAUUGGAGACAGUAUACAUUCUUCUUUGAAUUUGUCUGAUGUUUUAAACUCUGUAUCGAGCACUUCAAAUCUGGAGUUAAAUGAAGAAGUUGAUUUUACUGACUCUUUUGAAAUAAAGAAAAAUGAAAAUCUUCCUAAGACUUAUGUGAAAUUUCCAAACACUGAAGAAUUUAUGAAUGAAGAUGAACAGGAAAUGGAAAAAAUUCUAAUGGCUGAGAGUACUUUGUCAGCUGGAGUUAGUGAAGAAGAUAAAACUGAGAUGUUGAAUCCCAUGCCAAUGAUGGCCAAAUCUCUGACCAUAGACUGUUUGGAAUUGGCAUUACCUCCUGAGCUGGCUUUUCAGCUCAAUGAAUUAUUUGGCCCUGUUGGUAUUGAUUCAGGGUCUCUAACAGUUGAGGAUUGUGUGGUUCAUAUAGAUCUGAAUCUGGCUAAAGUGAUUCAUGAGAAAUGGAAAGAAUCUGUAAUGGAGCGACAAAGACAAGAAGAAGUAUCCUCUGGCAAGUUUAUGCGAGAUCCUUCCCUGGUUGGGAGUAUUGGUCUUGAUAAUCCUGAACAAAAGUCAUCUCAGAGAACAGGCAAAAAAUUACUGAAGACUUUAGCAGCACCUGAAAUGCUACCCUUAUUGGAUCAUUGGAACACUCAAACUAAAAAAGUGUCACUCAGAGAAAUAAUGUCAGAAGAAAUUGCCUUACAGGAAAAACAUGAUUUGAAAAGGGAGGCACUUAUGUUUGAAAAAGAUUGUGCCACUAAACUAAAGGAGAAGCAGCUUUUUAAGAUAUUUCCAGCUAUUAACCAAAAUUUUCUGGUGGACAUUUUCAAGGACCACAACUAUUCAUUAGAACACACAGUGCAGUUUCUAAACUGUGUUCUUGAAGGAGACCCUGUGAAAACAGUUGUAGCGCAAGAGUUUGUUCAUCAAAAUGAGAAUGUCACUUCUCAUGCUACACAGAAGUCUAAGGAGAAAAAGGCCAAGAAAUCGAAAGAGACUGAAGAUACACCAAGUGAACCAUCUUUCCAGGAUUUUGAGUAUCCAGAGUAUAAUGACUACAGGGCAGAGGCUUUCCUUCAUCAGCAGAAGAGAAUGGAAUGCUACAGCAAAGCAAAAGAAGCUUAUCGGAUGGGGAAAAAACACGUUGCCACGUUUUAUGCCCAGCAGGGUAGUCUCCAUGAGCAGAAGAUGAAAGAAGCCAAUCACCUUGCUGCCGUGGAGAUCUUUGAGAAAGUCAAUGCCUCCUUGCUGCCACAGAACGUUUUAGACCUCCAUGGGCUGCAUGUGGAUGAAGCUAUAGAACAUUUGAUGACAGUUUUACAGCAGAAAACUGAAGAAUUUAAGCAGAAUGGUGGUAAGUCCUAUCUCUCUGUGAUUACGGGGAGAGGAAACCACAGCCAAGGAGGAGUUGCUCGCAUCAAACCAGCCGUCAUUAAAUACCUCACAAGCCAUAGCUUCAGAGAACAGAGGAAUAUGCCAACACCAUGGGAUGUAACCACCAAAUACAGACUGUGGGAUGCUCUUACAACACAGUUUCUUCAAGUAAAUUGCCAAGGAAAACAAAAACACAGAUGGAAAGGGAACCUAUACUAUUAAGACAGAAGAGGCAUAUCAACCAAUUUGUGGACUUUAUUUGUUCAGCCAAAAACUAAGUUUUUUUUUUAUGACAGUAACACGACGAUCGGCAAUGUGAACACUGGACACUUAAUUAUAUUAAAAGAUUUAUUUAUUUACUUAUUUAUUGGAUGAUGAUAUUGUGGUCAUAUUAGGAAAACCCAGUUUCUCCCCCUCCUACCUUUUUCUCUCUUGUAUAGAGAAAAACCCAAUCCUUCCUCCUGUGUGUUUCUUUUCCGUGUCUCUUUAUAAUUCACACAAAACACCUUUCUGGUCACCAAACAUUGGAGUUUUUUCCCCAUACCAAGCAAUUCUCUGUGACACAAGUUGGGUGUCUACAGUUCAAUUAAUUCUUACACUAUCUACCCAGAGAUAACAUCAGAUUCUACAAAUUAAGGGUUCAGUCCCACAAGACUGUCUCCCCCACUUCAGGUGCUAGUCACAGGUAGUAGGUCCCUAGGUUACCCUCAACUUCUGUCUGACUUGGCUAUUAAUCGGGGGUCCCCAUAACCUCCUCACAGUUUUAUAAAUUUGCUAAAGUGGCUUACAGAAUUCAGGGUAACAGUUCCUUAUGUUUACUAGUUUAUUAAAGGAUAUGAUAAAGGAGACAGGUGAACAGCCAGAUGAAGAGAUACAUAAGGUGAGUUCUGGAAGGGUCCUGAGUGUAGGAGCUUCUGUCCCCAUGGAGUUGGGGUGCAUCACCCUCCUUGUUUGAAUGUAUUCAUCUACCUGAAAUCUCUCCAAUAUUGGAAUUUUGUGGAGACUUUCUCAUGUAAGCAUGAUCAGUUAUUAACUCCCAUUUCCACCCCCUCUCCUGUCUCUAAGGAUGAGGGCUGGGACUGAAAAUUCCAAGCUUCUGAUCAUGGUUUGGUCUUUCUGGUGACCGACCCCUAUCCAGGAUCCUACCCCAGAGUCACCUCAGUAGAAUAAAUGUUCCUAGUGCUCUUAUCACUCAGAAAUAGGGGUUUUAGGAGCCCUAUGUCAGGAAUGGAGUCAGAGACAAGUAUUAGAACAAGAGAUGCUCCUAGUGUUUUUAUCACUUAAAUUAUUAAAAGGGUUUCAGGAGCUCUGUGCCAGGAACUGGGGGCAGAGACCAAUAUGUUUUCUAUUAUCUCAGUGAUUAUAUUUUUUAUGUUGAAAUACAUAAAAUGAUGUGGUAUCUAGGACUUACUUGAAAAUAAGAUGAAGUGGGUGGAAGGUACUUAGAAGAUUGGCCUAAGUUGGUUAAUGUUGAAGAAGUUGGAGUUUAUUAGUCUGCGGUUCUACUUUUAACAUAUAUUCAAAACUCAAUAAUAAAAAGUAUUUUAUUUAUUUUAGUUAUCUUUUAAUGUUUAUUUUUGAGAGACUGUGGGUCUGUGAGUGGGGGAGGGGCAGAGAGAGAGGGGGACAGAGGAUCUGAAGCAGGAGAGCCUGAUGCAGGGCUUGAACUCACAAACUGUGAGUUCAUGACCUGAGCCAAAGUUCAACGCUUAACCAACUGAGCCACCCAGGUGCCCCAAUAAAAAGUUUUUAAAAAGUUGGUAGAAGAGCUAGAGAAAUGAAUUCUAGACUUGGCUUAGGGAAUGACUUCCAGAACACUGUGCAAUUAACUGCCUGCCACGUCUGCCGUAAUUGAAAGGCCACCAUGGCACCAGUACCACCACUCUCAGCAUACUCAGAGCUGGUGGCUACACACCAGAAAACUUGCUGAAAACCCUGACCUCACCGUGACUUGACUUUUUAUCAGAAUGAGACGUAGCAGUGGAUAGAUGCCUCACUUCUUACUUACUUCUGCCUCCCACAUUUCAUGAGUAUAUCUAAUUGCUGCAAAUUAUUUUGUAUCCAGAUUUUACCUGCCAAAGGGGUCUAGGAAAUGUAGUUCUAGACUUCCCAGUCUCUACAGCACAAAAAGCCUCAUUAGAAGAAACUGGAGCCAGAGGAUCAAUUAUCAAACGUCCAUAUUUACAACGCUGAUGGUACUUGUCAAAUCAGGCACUAGAAAUAAAAUGGGUUGAUACAGUUAUCACGAAACCCUUGUAUGUCAGCUGGGGUAAGUGUAUGCCAGGGGUUACCACAGGUUCAGGAUAAACAUAGCCUAUUUUCAGGAGCAUUGAUUGUAUUCAAUGACAAAUUAUGCACAUUAUUAUUUAAUGUACCUUAUUUGUAUAUUAUUAAAACAAAAUGGAUAAAUUGUGGAUAAGAAUGGGAAAUUUUGCAUUCAUUUUUAAGAUAAAACAGUAGGGUCAAGGAGAUGAACCUUUAUGCUUUUUACUUGGACUUCCUUUCCUCAGGGUAAUGGCUUUCAAACUUUAGUGUACAUAAGAAUCAUCCACAAAGGGCUCAGUGAAAAUACAGAUUUCUGCCUUGCUUUAAACUUCCUAAAUCAAUCUCAGAAGGUAGGGCCCCAUAUUUUCAAUAAAUACUCCAAUGGUUCUAAUGCAGGUGGGCCACACCUUAAGAAAUGCUACUCUGGGGGCGCCUGGGUGGCUCAGUCGGUUGAGCGUCCGACUUCGGCUCAGGUCAUGAUCUUGCGGUCAGUGGGUUCAAGCCCCACGUCGGGCUCUGUGCUGACAACUCAGAGCCUGGAGCCUGUUUCAGAUUCUGUGUCUCCCUCUUUCUCUGACCCUCCCCUGUUCAUGCUCUCUCUCUGUCUCAAAAAUAAAUAAAUGUUAAAAAAAAAAAAAAAAGAAGAAGAAGAAGAAAGAAAUGCUACUCUGGCAGGAUAACCCAUCACAAAAAUUUUAUUCUUUUUUGGCUACUCUAAUGUUCCUUGGUUUCUACCCCAAUCCUGUUUUGCAGGUCCUCAACUGUAAUCAAGUCUGCCAGGGACACAGAAAGAAACCUGCACAUUUUUUAGUUUACAUGCAGCAACUUAGGUGAUCCUCAUCAAAAUCCAUCAAGGGACAUUGAGGCACUAUAUAUAUAUAUAUAUAUAUAUAUAUAUAUAUAUAUAUAUAUAAUGACAUGAUGGAACCAGGAUUCAAAUCAAGGCAAUCAGGCUCCAAAGCCUGUGCAUUUAGUGAUGCUUAUUAGCUCUCAGCAAUGGUCAGACUUAAAAUUUAUCAAGGAGAAAACCAAGAUACAUUUUACCUGGUCUGUCACAGUAAACUAAUGAACCUUACUGCCCUCACUGGCAGUCUCUUCAAGGCCCUUUAAGCCUUCACUAAUUAUCUCCUCAAAGUUCUUCCAGCUUCUGUCCACUGCCAAGUUACAAAGCUACUCUUGCAUUAAAACUUUUUUGUUAUAGCAGAACCCCUCUUUGCUACCAAAAUCUGUAUUAAGCACCUAUUGAUAUGUUAAAAAAUCAUUUCAAAAUUUUGUGGCUUAAAACAACAAAAAUGAUUAUUCUCAGUUUCCCAGGAUUCUUGGAGUGGCCUAGCUGGGGUCAUUCUGGGCUGAAGUCUCUCAUGAGGUUGUAGCCGAGAUGUGACUCGGGGCAUCUGUCUGUUGAAGGCUUGACUGGGCCUGAGAAACUCACUUCCAUGGUGAUGGCUCAUUCACAUGGCUUGUAAAUUGGUUCUGGUUGUUGGUUAUCUUCAGUUUCUUCCUGUGUGGGUUUCUCCAUAGGCUGCUUGAGUGUCCUAGGGUUGGACCUAGUGUUGGAAAUCUUACACCACUAUUUUUGCCAAAUUCUAUUUGUUAGAACCCAGUCGCUAAGUGCAGUCUACUUUCAAGGGUAGGGGGGAUUAGUUCUACUUUUUGAGGGAAAGAAUAUUAAACAAUUUGUGGAUGUCUUUAAAAAUCAUCAUGUCUCUCAUGUGCCAGGCACCACUAGGUACUUAGCGAAUGUAUCCAAUAUAAUCUUAUAACCACCCUGUGGAGUAGGUAUUAUUGCACAAAUGACAGAGGUUGUUGGCCUAUGCAACACAUAUUCUUAUUAUCAUGCUUUUUUUUGUUUAGGUAUCCAGUGGCAAUGUGCUUAGGAAAGCUUGCCUCCUCUCUAGCCCCAGAAAGUGAAUUAUGAUUGGUCAAAAAGGCAAUCAUGGUAAUCCCAUUUCCCUUUGCCAAUGAUUGGCUAAAGGGUGGAUAUAUGACCAAGACAAAGGAACCUAAGGAGAAUUCUAGAAAGAUUCUAGAAAGAUUUUCUUCACUAUUACAGCAAGGCACAUGGGAGGAAGUGCACUCUUCUUCAGCAAGACUUGGUGUCUGUAUGUGAUGCCUGGAAUUGCAGUCACUGAUGUUGUAACAUGAAGAAAUACACGUAAGGCCCAAGUCAAUGUGCUAAGGAUGGUGGAGCAGAAAGAGGAAAGAAUCUUUGUUCUUGAUGACAUCGUUGAGUCACUGAAUUAACCCUGGAACUGAUUUUUAGCCAUCUUAUUAAAGGAGACAGUAAGCUACUUUUAAUUGGAUUUUCUGUUACAGCUGCAAGUGUCCUAAUGGAUAUACCCCUUUCUAUGGAUAAGGAAACAGAUGUUCAGAGAGAUUACGUUGCCUGCCCAAACUUUCCCAGCUAAUAAAUAGCAGAGCCAGGUUUUAGAUCGAGAACUGCACAUCCUAAACACCUGGUACUUGUUUAUUGUAUCAAGUGAUUUUUCUCCAACAAUUUUCAGAAGGGAGGAGAAACAGAGACACCAGUUGGGUUAUGCAAGGUUAGUGAUUGUCAAACAGGUAUGGCAGGGAGUCAGUGUGGAAAGGAAGGGAGAAGGAAUUUAGGGUGCUGUAUGUAUAAAGUUGAAAUGGUUGAUUGUGAGGUACAGACUGGGUAAGGAGUCAAGUGGAAUCUAGAGGGGCUGAUAGAUUGAGGAAAUGGAGGUGAAUAGUGAAGGUAUCAUGGAGGUAAAAGAUUCAGAAAGUGCUGGGGAGAGGGAAGGUAGAAGGAGGUUGUAGGAAGGGAAAGAAUACCAGAGUUCAAGAUAUUAGGGUGUGGAUAUUUGUUCCCAACAUAGUUUGAUUUGUGGCUGAGCAUGGAGAUGAUGAUUAUCAGAGUGGAGAAGGUCACAGAAGUGAUAUCAAAUUUCCGGAUCAUCUAUUUUAUGUACAUACUAGGACGGGAAGGUGACAGGCAAUGAAGUGGAAGGGAAGAUUGAAAGCCAUCUGCCUAAAGUAUGGAUGGAUUAAAACAUGUUUUCUUUAUUUGCAUGGUCCCCAUCCUUCACACUGAUAGGAUCUGACUCAACACAGCUCCACUUCGAGGAAAGAUUUAUAAGGAUUAUUUUGCUUUAAUCUACUGUUUUGCACAUAUUGGAGGGAUGAGAUGGAUGGGGUCAUCAGGAGGAGCUGAGAGGAUUAUGGGAAAUGAAUACUUUCCCAGGUCUUUCUGAAACAAUUUGCAGUAGGAUUUCAUUGUUUUGUUAGAAGCCACUUCUUUCCUGAUCAUUUACCCAUCUGGAUAUAUAAAAACCAAUGAAAUAUACUUUAAAAGUUAUCCACUAUUUUUGAUUAUCUUGGCUUGUAUAUCUCUGUUUGUAUAAACAAUUGAGAAUUGAUGGCCCUUGCCUGAAUCUCUUUGCUAAGAUUCUGAAAUGGAUGGGGUUGUGUAGCAGGAAGCUCUCACUGUCUUUUUAGGAUCUGGGCUAAGUGUUUCUUUUCAUUGUUCAGUCUUUUCUUAGGUAAAAUUAAUUUCUUUCAAAAAAUUGGCUACUUAGGAUUCCUAUUUUUAAAGUAACAUUAACUUUUUCUGACAUUCAUGAAAUGAAACUAUUAGCUAGAAUUUCUGAAUAUAGUUUCUCUUGUGGCCUUUUUACUUUUUGGUUCUUGUUCUUGGAGUCAUGUUAAAAAUUUUUAUUGUAAGCUAAUCACAUCUUUUUAGGAAGUAGGCAGGAUAUAAAUAAAUCAGUCUAUAUAUUUAAGGGGAAAAGAAGUAAGGUGCAAAAGUGUAUUUACAUUUUUGUGUUUUUCAAAAAGGAUAUAUAUAGUGGUGCCUGGCUGGCUCAGUCAGUGGAGCAUGUGACUCUUGAUCUCAGGGUCGUGAGUUUAAGCCUCACAUUGGAUGUAGAGCUUACUUAAAAAACAGUAAAAAAAAAUUUUUUUAAAGAUACAUGUAGAUACAUCUGCCUAUAUACUAUACAUCUCUUUCUAAACACACACACACACACACACACACACACACACACACAUCAAAAAACUUAUAUGAAACACUUGUAUUUUAUACAACAUAAAUUAUAUAAAACAUAACUUUCACAAACAUCUCUUUAAGUCUGCAUUUCCACAGUCUUUCUGUCUCCCACCCUCUCAUAUCCUAUAGAUACCCCAAAGGCUCUGUUUCCCCCUUUUACCAAAAUCCUCUCUCAUCUUUGCCAGUGCUAGGCCUCAUCUACCACCUCGCUACCUUUCUUUCCAUUUCUUUUUUCUUUUUUUCUCCCUGUAGUGAGUAAGCCUGCGCUUUUUGGAUGUAAAUCUCCAACUUCUUUGCUUCUUCAUUUAUAAGUCCCCCAAUCCUAUUUAUCCCAUCUGUGUAAUGAGGCAAUGGGAGGUGGGAAGGCAUCAGGGUGCAAAUGUCAAAAUUUUUUUUCUGGUAGGUAGGAGGAUGGAAAGAAGUUAUGGAUACUUCCACAGCAAUAAUUUUUGUCCCUGUUAUACAUGAAGAACUUCUGAAAGGUUUUGUGAGGAAGUGUGAAGAGCAGGUUACCUUAGGGGUGGGCCUGGGGAGUCAGAGAUAGGAGAGGGAGAUUUUACUUUCAUUAUCUGAACAGAUUAAAAAAAAAAACAAAACCUGUGUAUAUAUUGCUUUUUAAAUAUUUUUCAGGGGCGCCUGGGUGGCUCAGUCGGCUGAGCGUCCGACUUUGGCUCAGGUCAUGAUCUUGCGGUUCGUGGGUUCGAGCCCCGUGUCGGGCUCUGUGCUGACAGCUCAGAGCCUGGAGCCUGCUUCGGAUUCUGUGUCUCCCUCUCUCUCUGCCCCUCCCCUGCUCACGCUCUGUUUCUUCCUCUCUCUCAAAAAUAAAUAGACAUAAAAUAUUUUUUAAAAUAGGCAUAAUUCAAUUAAUAGAUGCAUAUUUUAAAAUACAGUACAAAAAGCCAAGCUUGAUAGAGUGGAUUAUCUAGUGUGCAAAUGAUAUGCAUAUUAUUAUAUUUCACUUUAGGUUGCAUUCUAGUACCAGAUGUUAUAAUCAGAUAGUUUAGCCGAUGUCGAUGAUGAUCCAGUAUUAUUAGGAAAGACAUUAAUAUACCUUUCAAAUUCUUAAAUGGUUUCUUUAGCUGCUGGAAGAAAGAGGACAAAUCUAGAGAUCUAAUAGGAGUUCCAGAGUAAAUGACAAGGGAAAAACAAAAUUUAAUAGAUGCAAAUUUUCCUGAGCCGAAUGAAGACUUGUUUUUGCCAUUGAAAGUGCCAAGGGCACACACUUAAACAUAUUCUUUGAAAAAAAAUUUUUUUAAAUUUUUUAAAAAAUAUUUUUAAAGAGAGCAUGAGCAGGCCAGGGGCAGAGAGGGAGAGGGACACCCAGAAUCCAAAGCAGGCUCCAGGCUUGAGCUGUCAACACAAACUGUGAGAUCAUGACCUGAGCCAAAGUCAGAUGCUUAACCCACUGAGCCACCCAGGUGCCCCACACUUAAACGUAUUCUGACAGAAUUCCUGAUUCCCACAGUUGAAGAGAAAAAUCUUGUAAGUUUCUAGACAGAAAGAAGAAAUUAUUUACAAAGGGAAAAGAGUCAGACUAGCAUCAGACCGUGGAAUAAUGUCUAUCCCUAGUAAGAGAAAAGGAAUGUAACCCAAGAGGUUGGUAUCUUUCCAGCCUAGCACCAUUCACUUGCCAAGGGGAAAGGAACACAGAAAUGUAAUGAUUCCAAGAAUAUAUCACUCAACCCCCACCCAAGGAAACUGUGAAAAAAGAGCUGUAACUAAACAACAAAUUAAUGAGAAUAGAGAUCCCAAGAAAGAGAAGGUGAAGUAGAGAGGAAAAAGUGGUGAGUGAACACUGAGCCUUGCAAUAUACAUGGAUAAUAAUGGAAUGACUGGGACUAUGUAUUAUAUGUGUUAAAUAAAGACUCUUAAGAUAAAUGGGACUCCACUAAUAAAAGCCUGGAAGCAAAAGUUGUAAAAAUUUUCACCAAAACCCAAAAGGUAAGGUUGGGAGAAGGAGAGUGGAAAGCAAAAGCAUUAUAGAAGUAUUAUCUUACUAAAGUGGAGGGAAAAUAUCCAGAGAUAGACUGACAUGAUGGGGAAAUUGUAUCUUUUCAGAGAAUAAAAAGGAAGAUAACUACUAAUGGAAUAGGAAAGUAUGAUAUCAUUUUGAAAUUAAUAAGGGGAAAAAGAAUAAAUUAUAGCUUUUUAAAAAUUUUUAAAUUUUUUUAUUGUUUAUUUUUGAGAGAGAGAGAGAGAGAGUGCAAAUGGGGGAGAGGUAGAGGGAGAGGGAAACACACAAUCUGAAGCAGGCUCCAGGCUCUGAGCUGUCAACACAGAGCCCGACGCGGACCGUGAGAUCCCACGAACCGUGGGAUCAUGACCUGAGAUGAAGUCGGAUGCUUAACUGACUGAAGCACCCAGGUGCCCCAAUGAAUUAUAACUUGAUCAUACUAGUAAAUAUAAACUAAGGCAAUAGGGAAAUUUAUAGUUCAAUAGUAUAGUUAUUAUAGUUCAAUAGUAAGCAAAAGCAAGAGAGAAGGAAUAAAAUCAAGAAUGUCAGAGAUUAUAUUAAAUGCAAAUGAGCACAGUUUUCGUAUCAAAAGACAGAGACUGUCAUAUUAGAUUAAAAGCAAACCUAGCUAUAUGUUGUCCAUAGGGAACACUUAACAUAAUAAAGAAAUGUUCUAAAAUACAGAAAUUGGAAAAGGAAUACCACACAAAUGCAAGUAAAUAAAACUAGGAGAGGCAAUAUUAACACCAGACGGGUGGAACUAUUAAUGAACAGGAAGAACAUUUCCUAUGAAGGACAUAGCAUAUGAAGAUAUGCAUCAAACAACAUAAUUGCUAAAUAUAUGUAAACCAAAAUGUUAGUAAUGUAAAGAUAAUUUCAUAAAAAUGAAAUUAGAGUGGAUUUGUACUAUACUGUUUUCAGAAGUAGAUCUAGUAGACAAAAAAUUAAGAAAUAUACAAAGGCAUAUAAUCAACACAUGUAACUUUAGUAAAUAUAUAAUCUUACAUUCUUUAAACAAAGAUUAAUAUGUAUUUCCAAAUGGCCAUUGACUUCUUACAAAACCAAUCAUAAACUUUUACACACACACACUAAAAAUUUAAAAGUAGAGACUUCUACAGGUGACAUUAUCUGAUGAAAUUAGAAGAAAAUUAAUGAAAUUAGAAACAAAUUUUUAAAAGAUAAUUUAACCAAUUAUUUGAAACUUAAAACUACCCUCUGAAAUAAUUUCUUGAUCAAAUUAGAAACUGAAAUUGAAAUUGUAAGCUCUUUAAAGCAAAAAAAGGAAAACCCAGCAUAACCAAACCUACAAGACCCAUGAAAGCUGUAAGCAAAGAUGAAAAAUAUAAGAACCCGUGUUCAUCUUAAUAAAUUAGAAAAAUAAUCAUAAAAGACAGAAGAGAAAAAUUAAUAAAAAAAGUCUUAUAUUAACGAAAUGUAGAAAAUAGUAGCAAAAAUAAAUGAAUCAAGAGCCCCCCCCCCUCC